ACAUAGGCGGGACCAGAAGUAGCCAUUCAGUUGGUGCUUAUGAACUGUCAGGUGAAAUCCGUUACAGCCUUGAUUAAACCCAGAAACGGUCUCAAAAGCUGAAUGGACGAUAGUGUUCAUCCGUCGUGAAAUACAUACUUUGUCUGUUGUGGUUCAGUUGGCUGCAUUAUUUUUCCCUUCAGUCUGUGUCCACAGUUGCCAUCAUGGGUGAGGUGGAGUUAUCCUGUCGGGCAUACGUGAAGAUGUACCUGCACGCUUGUCUGUUUCCACGGUGCAGCAUCAACGGACUGCUAUUAUCGUCUAGCUCUGCAGGCGGUGCUGUUUGUGUGACAGACUGUGUACCACUGCUUCACUCCCACCUGCCUCUAGCUCCCAUCACUCAGCUGGCUCUCACACAGGUUGAUGUGUGGUGUUCACAGACUCAGCAGAGGAUUGUGGGAUACUAUCAAGCCAAUGCCUGUGUAUCAGACAGUAGCCCAACACCAUGUGCACUGAAGAUAGCUGAUAAGAUUGCUGAGCAGUUUGACAGUGCAGUUUUGUUAAUGCUUGAUGGCAGCAAGAUGUCUCCAGAUUACCGUGUUCCUCCCAUAGUGAUGUACGAACGCAAAGAUUCACGAUGGACGCUUAAAGACAAACACAUGAUAAUGCUGAGACAGUGGGAGGAGACUCGGGCGAUAGCCGGUCAGAUGAUGGAAUCUGGAGAUCACAUGCAGCUGGUGGAUUUUGACACCCACUUGGACGACAUAACUAAAGACUGGACCAAUCAGAAACUUAAUACUAAGAUAGCAGAGCUGGCCUCGCCGGCCAAUGGGAACAUCUAACCUGAGACCUAGCACCAUCAGUUUGUACUAGUCCAGCUUUAUUUAUGUUCUGACCUGUCGUUCCUGCAAAAAUGUUUUUUUAUGACAAAUCAACACAAACACAGUUUAGGAAUCUGUUAUCCUUUAAUGCAAUUCCUUUGACUGAACAGGGACGUAGUACAUGCAUAAAUACAAACAUUUACAGCUCGGUAGGUCUCUGCAGUCUUCCACUGCCCCAACACCCUCAGUGUGCCUUGUGGUCCAGCCCAACACCUUGCUAAUAUAAAGGAAAAAUCCACCUUAAAAACACUAACACUAUAAAGCAUCUGUGGUAUUUCUGGUGCCACUUUGGAUCUGAUACUUUUUUAAAUUGACUUAUUAAUGGGGUGGACAAAAUUAAAAGGCCCUGUGGUUCAUUCCAGUUUUUUAAAGUUUGGUGAUUUAAGGUGGUAGUAUGUUAGGCAGAUGCUGCCUGAAAGAUGUAUUUUUGAUUGCAAGAAGGAAAGAAAGGUACCAUCAAACUUCUUUAAAAUUUGGUUAAAUCUUAGGAUUUUUUAUUAUUUUUAGCCAGAAAAUAAAAUUAAUU